AAAGGAACUUGGCAGAGAAUUCAACCACUGCUGCUUUGCUUCUUCUGUUUAGAUAAUUGAUUCUAUGAAACAAACAAAUGCUUAUAGCUCUGCUUCGAACCUACGUAGACCGUCCAAUGUUGCUCUCUCUUUACAACUUCCUCAUUCUAAUACUCAAAAAAAUCCUGUUUUUCUUCCCCUUUCUCGACAUGUCCCAAUCCAAUGAUCUCCAGCAACAAUCCUCUGCCGUUGACCCUCCUCCGUUUGACCCAAUAGAGCCGUCCACUCCUGUCUCAUACCCAAUCAAGACUUUGGAAGAGCUCGAGUCUCAGGCUUACUUUGAUUCAUUUCACUACCCUUUUAACAUAUCCUCUGUUUCUCUUCCAAGCUCAGCUCUUUAUUUGCCCAACAGGCCUAGACUUCUUGUUUGCCAUGACAUGCAAGGAGGUUACGGGGAUGAUAAGUGGGUUCAGGGUGGGUCCAACCCUGAAGCUUAUGUUAUUUGGCAUUGGUAUUUGAUAGAUGUUUUUGUUUACUUUUCCCAUUAUUUGGUUAGCUUGCCUCCUCCUUGCUGGACCAAUACAGCUCACAGGCAUGGCGUUAAGGUGCUGGGGACUUUCCUCACAGAGUGGGAUGAAGGGGGGCUUAUUUGCAAUAAAUUGCUUGAAACAGAGGAGUCUGCUCGAAUGUAUGCUAAGCGUUUGGUUGAGCUUGCUGUUGCUUUGGGCUUUGAUGGAUGGCUGAUAAAUAUGGAGAUUAAUUUGGAAGUAGAGCAAAUUUCUAAUCUGAAGGAAUUUGUCAGUCAUCUAACCCAGACUAUGCACAGCUCAUUGCCUGGAUCUUUAGUAAUUUGGUAUGAUGCUAUUACAAUAGAUGGAAAGCUUAAGUGGCAAAACCAACUAAAUGAAAAAAAUAAACCUUUCUUUGAUAUAUGUGAUGGCAUAUUUGUAAACUACACGUGGAAGAGAAACUAUCCAGAACUUUCAGCUGCUGUUGCUGGUGAUAGAAAGUUUGAUGUCUACAUGGGAAUAGAUGUAUUUGGAAGAAAUACUUAUGGUGGUGGACAAUGGAAUACAAAUGUUGCCCUUGAGGUGCUAAAGAAUGAUAAUGUGUCUGCUGCCAUCUUUGCUCCUGGUUGGCUCUACGAGACUCAACAACUGCCUGAUUUUUGGACUGCUCAAAAUCGUUGGUGGACCCUUGUAGAAAAGUCAUGGGGAUUAGUGAACAAAUAUCCCAAAACACUACCAUUUUAUUCAAAUUUUGAUCAGGGUCAUGGAUAUCAUAUUUCAGUUGAGGGACAACAAGUAAUGGAAACUUCUUGGAACAACAUGUCUUGCCAAGGGCUUCAGCCUUUUCUUGAGUCCAUUGAUGGCCCAACUCCUGAAACUAUUCAAGUCCUUGUUGAUGUCAAAGAAGCAUCUUAUAAUGGGGGAGGAAACAUCACGUUUAAAGGAUUUCUUGAAGACAGUGCUGUCUUCACUACAAGGCUCUUUUUGGCAGAGCUACCUCUGGGCAAUCAACCUCUCCACCUUACAUAUUCUGUGAAAUCAGAUGGGGACUCUCAACUGGGACUAUCUCUUCAGUUCUCUUCUACCAAUGGUGAGAGGACAUCAGUACUUACUGCAUCUGGGGAUAUGUACAAAUUCCCUAGCAAAUUCAGUAAAGUGAUUAUGGCACAUCCAGUUAGAAAACCAGAAAUGGAUCCAGGAUGGGUCGUAUAUGAAGGUCGCAUUGAAAUGAAUGAAUGCAUAUUAACAGAGAUUCAUGCUGUAUGCUACAAGCUGAAGCCUAAGAAUGGUGAACUGAGAUCAGAACACAAAAUAGAUGGCCAUCAUGCAAAGUUUUUUUCAACGCUUGGUCACGUUGCAAUUAAAAAUUCUGAAGGGAAUUUUUGUAUGCCUCCAUCCAGUUUAUGGCUGGUUGAAGGUCAAAAUAUCAAAAUUAGCUCAGAUUCUCAAGGAUCCAAAAUUGUUAGCGUAAAGAUCAUUUGGAAAUUGAAAGAUGGAAAUGAUUUUAUGUUUCCAAGUUACAAUAUCUAUGUAGUCAAACUGGCCAAACAAGUUGAAGGAAAUCCAGGCACAAGUGUAAAAGGUGUCUACAAUUAUCUUGGAGUGACACAAGUUACAGCUUUUUAUGUUUCUGAUCUUUCUGUACCUUCUGGUACUUGUAGUCUCAAGUUCAUUAUUCAAGCAUGUGAUUUUGACGGGGCUUGCCAAAAGCUGGAUGAUUCUCCAUAUUUUCAACUCGAUAUUGAAGGUCAGUAAAUCUGAUUGCUUCCAUUGUAUGAAUUUAUUUUUUCUUCAGAAAUUACUGAUACAUUGGUUGUAUCUGGAAAGUGCUGUGCCAUGUCAAUAAAUUCUCUUAUGCUAUUAUGCCUUAAAA